UCCUCCUCUCCCCCGCAGACACAGGUGGUCCCAGGCUACAUUGACGCUGAUGCUGCGCCACGUGCUGUGCGUGCUGGCCCUCGCGCUGUGCUCCACGUCUCUGUGCGUGGCAACAAGUGGUGCAGCUGAGAGCCCAGGUGAAUUACAGCUUGCUAAUGGCGACGCGAAGAUAACGCUGACGGGGACAGUUGAUCCUGGCAACUGCAAAGCAUCGUCCCCCCCGGCUGCUGGGGUAACCAAAGAUGUUACCAUUUCCACGACGGUUACAUUGAAGAAGAAGGAUGCCUCCGAAGAUCCGAAAGAAAUUGCGAAUGUACCGUCUGAGAAAAUCACUGUUCCCGAUGGGUCCAGCGUGACGCUGAAGACCUCACUGGAAGUUAAAUGUACGAAAAAAGAGGCAGCGGCUGCAGCAACCGCUGAAACAACGUGUACGGUUAGCGAGGGUGAGGCAGCUACCAGCAGUAACACCCAUGAUGUCACUGUUAAGUUCACUCCUUCUGGCCAGACUGCUGUCCAAAUUCCGGAGACAGAAAACCUUGAAGUGAAGGUCCCAGUUGGGCAAGAAGCGAAAAUUAUUGCGAAAGUUGUUGCUACGUGCACGCCUUUACCAAAAGCCGGAAAAUCUUCACCGUCUGUACAGACCAGAGACCCUUCCGGGGGGCAACAAGAUGCGUCGUCUCUUGAUGCAAACGUUGAGGAUAUGGCUGACCCACUUGAGCCUUCGUUAGUUAAAAAAAAUACCCCCAACGAAAAGCAAGACGAGCAGGCGCCUCAGGCAAGAACUCCACCUGUAAAAUCAGGCACCCCAUUAAGUAACUCCCCCACCGUCAGUGCAAAUCCAAAUGAUGAAGUUACUGGUGGAGAAAAGGGCAGUGCUGUAAGCAAAGACCUCUCCACGCCAACUUCCAGCGAGGCAGAGAGCACAGAAACGGACAACUCCGCCACAGUGAAUGGCGCCGAUCACACUGCCUCCACAGCCACACCUCAAUCAGAGACCACCACCGAAGGGGCUACCAACACUGAUGCCGGUACGUCCACCUCUGCGGGAGAGGGCGUGAAGCUUCCUGACC